CCAUUUCCCCCUUCUUCCUUUGAAAGAAAAAAUCAAAUAUAACCAACUUCCAUUUUCACACCAUAUUCAUCCCCAAAAAGAAAAGCAUGAAGAGAAGCUUUUCCAAUAGAGAAGAGGAGAAAAAUUUCGCUUUGGCAAAUUAUUUUAUUCUCCUUUCACAAGGAAGAAACAUGUAUGAAUCCACCAUGAAUGAUACUAACCUUACUUGUCGGGUUUUCAAGUGCAAAACAUGUAAUCGGCAGUUCACGUCGUUUCAAGCUCUAGGAGGGCAUAGAGCAAGCCAUAAGAAGCCUAAAUUGAUGGAGAGAGAUGGCGGGGUGUUGGAGAAUCAACCACCAGCAAAGCCUAAGAUGCAUGAGUGUUCGAUAUGUGGACUCGAAUUCUCGAUCGGGCAAGCAUUAGGGGGGCAUAUGAGAAGGCAUAGGGCUAAUUUGAGUGAAGAAAACCACCAAGAGCCAUUGAUGUCACCCAUUGUGAAGAAAUCUAAUAAGGUUUGGUGCUUAGAUUUGAACUUGACACCAUUCGAGAAUGAUUUGGAAUUGUUGAAGCUUGCCAAACCAACUCUUGCAAUAGAUUGUUUCUUGUAAACCCUUCUAAUCUAUUUUAUUUUAUGUUCAUAUUAAAUUAUAACAUAUCGUAAUUUUACAUCACUA